GAAAAAAAGGGUAUAGGGACACGACGACAGACAGAGCUCUCUCGAAUUUUAUACAUUUCUCUCUCUCUCUCUCUAUUUUCUCGCUCUAAUUUUCGAUCGAGAACAGCAAGUGACAAGUUCAAUCCUUUCUUUCCUGUAAUCUAGGGUUCCCCAUUUCACUCUCCUCGGAUACAGCACACAAAUCUGUGUGGACUUUUAUUAUUAUUUUUUUACUUUUUGCGCGAGUUUGAUUCGUUCUGUUCUCUGAUCCGCGGACCCGUUGACAAAGCACUAGAAAGAAAUCCUCCACCUAAACCCCAGAGUUCGAAGGCUGCAUAUGGUGCAUUGAGGCUGAAAGAAUCCAUGGAGACGAUGGGCACAGUGACGCCAAUAUCCUCCGUGUUCCCGGCUGAGGAAGCCCAGAAAGCUUCAAGGCGUGUGCAGGACACAAUAGCUGAGCGCCAACAGCAACUCGAUCAGCUCAAGGGUUUUAUUGAUGACAAUAUUAGCGUUAUAAACCUCGUCCAGAAACUCCCUGAUGAAACACACCACAAUAUCAUGGUUCCUUUUGGAAAGGCGGCGUUUUUUCCAGGUCCUUUUAGGGGAAGGGUACUAUGCUGAAAGAACUGCCAAGCAAACAGUUGAUAUUUUGAAAAGAAGAGGCAAGGCUCUGGAGACCCAAGUUGAAUCUCUGAAGGCUAUUAUGCAGGACUUGGAGGCUGAGGCAUCAUUCUUUGAUGCUACAGCUCAAGAGUCAGCGGAUGGUCUUGUAGAGAUCAGGGAAGAUUAUGUUGAGGAAGCUUCCUCCAGGGCAGAAACAGCAGGAUACGGGAAACCUGAUCCCACUUUUUCCCUUGAGAAGGAUGCUAGAAAAUUUUCUGUUGAAGAUGAAGAAUACAAUCGUAUAUUUUCACGAAUUGAUGAGCUUGAAAAAGAAGAAGAAGAAGCUGAAAAAGGCAAUGAAUCCGACGAGGAUGAGCGGAUACAAAAUGAGCCAGAUAGUAAUAUCAGUGAAAUGUCUACUCACCAAGAAGUUAGAAGUUCACCUGUACAAGUGGUUGAUGUGGCUAAAGCUCCAGAGGCACCAGCAGUAUCUAAAGGUGAUGGAUCUUUGCAUUGCGAUUAUCCACCACUAAACAGGAGUACAAUGAGCAAGGCUCUGGAGCUACCUGAAGAAAAGAAGAAAGUUCAAGCUCCUCCUUCAACCAGUAACAUGGCUUUUACUGGUUCGAUCGUGGAGCAUGCUCAUAAUAUUGGAAUGAAUAUGCUGGAGCAGCAGACUGGUGCUCGUAGCUCAAAACCUGUUUCAAGGUUUAAGAUGCAGAGGAAGUAGCCAUAGAUUUCAUGUCUUGAAAUUAGCCAGGAUUUUGACAAUCAUUUUUCUUGACGCCCUCACCUGUCUACAAAUUUGGGGUUCCAAUUAGUCACUAGGCGUAUACUUUCAACAUUUGCAUGUGAUGGGAUCAAUAGCCCAAAAAAGCAGUGUUUUCCACUUCAUCAUGCAUCUUUGACAAUAUUUUUGAUGUAGUGACUGCAUAUGAUUUUAGAAUUUCUUGAUACUAGAAUGAGUGCUGGAUGAGUUAACACUGCAUUGCAUAUCAUCUGCUACGUUUUUAGGAUGAAAACAACUAUGUUUCUUCUUUUCUUUUCGAUAAUUUGAUGAAACCAACUACGCUGGUGGCGAUCUUUCUGGCAAUACUUUGGGUCUACAAAAAUUUGAUGAAUGUGAUAACUCAAUGAAAGUGUGGAAAUAGUGUAGAAAGUGACUGUUAUAUUCUUUCGCAGCUGAAGAUCCUCAUUUGUCAUUGUGUAUUACAACUUUGACUUCUCAUUAUUGUUAAUUACUUGGAAAUUCCUUUCUUUUGGAAGACCUUCAGAUCACAUGCUACGAACCAAACUACUGGAAACAUUCUUGUUAGUUAAUGUCAUUUGGAACAAAU